UUUUUUAGUGCGAAUUGAAUUGUGGCAUGCUCCGCAAGAGAAAAGUGGGGAUGUGGCAUGAUUAAACACAUGAAUUAUCUCGGUUGUUCCAUAUAAACGCUUUGAAAAUUUGCUAGGUGUGCUUUUUUUUUUUCUGUUUUAUUUUUUUCAUAUAUUUUUCUUCACAUUUUGAAUCAAAAAUUGGUGAACCUUCCGAGGCCAUGCUUUAAAAGCGGCAUUCGGGAGCCCUCCGCACGCGCGCAGUAGAGGAAUCGAGUGGAUAUACAUACGUACAUACAUGCAUACAUAUGUGCAUACAUACGUACGUACAUACGUAGUUACAUUCGUAUAACGCCCACAGAGAGACCCCUGCACAGAUAUACUAACCCGCGGUGUCCACAAUGGAGGAAGAUUCCUUUAAGAACAGACUGCUGAAGCGCAACAUCGACAUAUGGAUAGAGAAGUACCGCCCGGAAAACCUAGACGAUGUAGUGGGAAACCCCUUUGUCAUAAAUACACUCAAGAGCAUCAUUGUGUCGGGGAAUAUGCCCAACCUCCUCCUAGCGGGUGCCCCGGGGACUGGAAAAACGACGAGCAUUCUCUGCUUGGCCAGCGAAAUGUUAGGAUCUCAAGCGAAGAAAGCCGUCCUGGAAUUGAACGCCUCAGAUGACAGAGGAAUUAACGUAAUCAGAGACAGAAUAAAAAGUUUCGCAAAGGAAAUUAUAAGUCUCCCCCCAGGAAAACACAAAAUUAUUAUACUGGACGAAGUAGACUCCAUGACCACAGCUGCACAACAGUCAUUAAGAAGAAUCAUGGAGCUGUACUCGGACACCACAAGAUUUGCUUUAGCUUGUAACCAGUCUGAGAAAAUAAUUGACGCGCUUCAAAGCAGAUGUGCCAUUAUACGGUACUUUAAAUUAUCAGAUGAUCAGGUUUUGAAGCGAAUUGUAAAAAUAUGCCAAAUGGAAAACAUAAAAUACACAGACGAUGGGUUGGAAACCCUCACCUUUAUAGCAGAUGGGGACUUGCGAAAAGCAGUCAAUUGUCUGCAGUCCACUUAUGCUGGGUUAGAAGUUAUAAACAAAGAAAAUGUGCUAAAUAUAUGUGAUAUUCCUUCUCCUGAAAGAAUUGAAAGUUUACUAAAAUUUUGCGUAAACAGUGAGUGGAAAAAGGCACAUGACAUUGCGUAUGACAUGAUCAGGGAAGGACACACCCCUUUCGACGUUGCUUUAACGUCUUCCAAUGUGUUGAGGAGAUACGACUUAGGCUCCGAAGCUGUGCAAAUCGAGUUUUUAAAAAUUGGUGCCAUGGCUUGUAACACCAUGGCCAGUGGUCUGGCCAGCGUUAUCCAGCUGGAUAGGUUGCUCGCCGACUGGUGCAUAGCAGCCAAGGCGUUCCGCACCAAGUGCUAG